CAUGUUUUGUGCAGACUCUGGGAGUUGUGUGACUGAGGCAUUGCUUCAUUGUCUCUGGUGCAUGCAGCAGGUUUUGAAAUGAUUGUGCGUGUCUAUAGAGCGCUGUAUAUUCCCGAGCAUCCUCAUAAUGGUAGGAGCUUUUGGUUCCUGUGGUGGUCAGCUGGUUAUCAAAAUGUGGUUCUAAAUGUGCAAGAAGUGUAACGUGUUGCGAAGAGGAUGAGCAACAUUUAUGAGUCAGCUGCCAAUACGCUGGGACUAUUUUCCAGCCCCUGCCUGACGAAGGUGGAAUUGCGGGUAUCGUGCAAAGGGAUAUCGGAUCGGGAUGCACUCUCCAAGCCAGACCCCUGCGUCAUCCUCAAAAUGCAAUCACAUGGACAAUGGCUAGAGGUUGACCGGACUGAGGUUAUCCGCACCUGCAUCAACCCUGUCUUUUCCAAAGUUUACACGGUGGAUUUUUACUUUGAGGAGGUCCAGAGGCUGAGAUUUGAGGUCCACGAUAUUGGCAGUAAUCACUUGCAUAACGGGGUGAAAGAUGCCGAGUUCCUUGGAGGAAUGGAAUGCACUCUUGGACAGAUUAUUUCCCAGAGGAAGCUUUCCAAAUCACUCCUGAAACAGGGGAACACCGCAGGAAAAUCAUCAAUUACAGUGAUUGCCGAGGAGCUCUCAGGGAACGGUGAUUAUGUGGAGUUGACCUUUAGUGCAAGGAAACUAGAUGAUAAGGACUUCUUCAGCAAAUCAGACCCAUUUCUGGAAAUCUUCAGGAUGAAUGACGAUGGAACGCAACAACUGGUGCACAGGACAGAGGUCAUCAUGAACAACCUAAACCCAAUGUGGAAAGCAUUCAAAGUCUCUGUAAAUUCACUCUGCAGUGGGGAUCAUGAUCGCAAACUAAAGUCAAUAGUGUGGGAUUGGGAUUCGAAUGGGAAACACGACUUUAUUGGAGAGUUCACAUCAACCUUUGCAGAGAUGCGAGGGGCAAUGGAUGGCCGACAGGUUCAGUGGGAGUGCAUCAAUCACAAGUACAAAAUGAAGAAGAAAAACUACAAGAAUUCCGGCAUUGUUAUCCUCAAUCUAUGUAAGAUUCACAAGAUGCACUCUUUCCUUGAUUAUAUCAUGGGAGGAUGUCAGAUUCAGUUUACAGUUGCUAUAGAUUUCACGGCAUCCAAUGGAGACCCUCGAAACAGCUGCUCUCUGCACUACAUCCAUCCCUACCAGCCCAAUGAAUACCUGAAAGCAUUGGUGGCUGUCGGGGAGAUCUGCCAGGACUAUGACAGUGACAAAAUGUUCCCAGCCUUUGGAUUUGGAGCAAGAAUACCACCUGAUUUUAAAGUCUCCCAUGACUUUGCAAUCAACUUUAAUGAGGACAAUCCAGAAUGUGCAGGUAUACAAGGAGUAGUUGAAGCCUAUCAGAAGUGCCUUCCAAAAAUCCAGCUUUAUGGACCAACAAACAUUGCUCCAAUUAUCCAAAAGGUGGCCAGCUCUGCCUCAGAGGAAAUGCACACAAAAGAGGCAACACAAUACUUCAUCCUCCUGAUACUGACGGAUGGAGUGAUUACAGACAUGGCUGACACCAGAGAUGCCAUUGUUCAUGCGUCUCACCUACCCAUGUCAGUGAUCAUAGUGGGAGUUGGGAAUGCUGACUUCAGUGACAUGCAGAUGUUGGACGGAGAUGAUGGCAUUCUCCGAUCUCCAAAGGGAGAACCAGUUCUACGAGACAUUGUUCAAUUUGUGCCAUUCAGGAACUUCAAGCAUGCGUCCCCCGCUGCUCUUGCGAAGAGUGUCCUUGCUGAGGUCCCUAACCAAGUGGUGGACUACUACAACGGAAAGUCAAUUCCUCCAAAAUGUCUGUCUGACUACGAGUCUUCCCGAACUGUCGGACCCUAAUACUUUAGUAACCAUUUACUUAGUGCAAAUACUAAUGUAGAGCACGUCAGAGUGACUUUUAAAAUGAAUGAGAAGAAAUGUUUUGCAUGUUUAAACAACAAGGCCUGCAUUCUUCAAAGCUGUUGUACUGUUAAGAAAUUUUUACAAGACAGACUACUUUGCAUAAGAAACAGCAUGUCGCCUUGAAAUGUAUCAGUAUCUUUUUUUUAUACAGGUUUAUCUGGAUUUUACUAAAUUUCUUAAUAUUCUUACACUGUAAAGCAUUUUGGGACAUUUAUUGAAAGUUGAAAGAGAGCAGCAUUGGCUCUGUUACUAAUGAUGGAUUUUUCAAAUCAGAAGUUGCAUGGACUGUAUUUUGCAUGUCAGUAAAUAAAAAUGACAGUU